AUGCAAAAGCACAAUGAUGGCCACAUGAAGUUUUUGUUGACAGUGUCAACACCAAUUAUCGUCUUGGCAAUCUACAUGAUUUAUUGGUACUUGCUCCAAAUCGAGAUUAACAAGACCAUCAAUCUCCCUACCGGCUUGGAAUCGGUAGGGUCGCAUGAAGACUUUGCCAAGAAAAAGAAUUCGGAGAAGAAACCUGAUGGCAUCGAGGAAGAACCAGCCCCCACCAAUCCUCCGGUGGAUGCUGAGGCGGAAGGGGAGGAAAAGCCACGCCGCUUCCGAAUCACAAAGUUGCGAAACGUUGUGCUGCUCUUUACGGCGUGUUCUUUGAGUCUAAUUGCAUACUUGCUGCUCGUGGUAUCCGCCGCCAGUGCUUGGUUGAGCCUGGUUGGUUUGGCUUGUGUCAUUGUCAUUGCCCUGUGGCAACAAAUCUUUGAAGAACUCCGUAGACAGCGACUCGACCGAAUUGUUGCAAUUGUUACCUUGAUCUUCCUGGCCGCCUCCUUUAUGUCUCUGGCAACCUUUGCCAAUCAGUCUCUCCGAGAAGGUGAAGUUUAUCAAGGAAAGGCCCGCAUUGUGGGAUUCGACUACAACAGCUACGACAAUACACAAGGUGAUGGCAUCACUCGCACGGAUCUAGAAGUUGCUUGGGGUGGAGAAUGGGGGUGCCCCAUGGACGCUGGAAAACAGUGUCAGGCUUUUGUGCAAGGAGCCAUGUGCGAAUCUGAAAAGGAUGACGAAGAGGAAGAAAAGAAGGACGACGAUGGAAACAGAAAACGCCGGCGUCUAGAUGGUGACGACGAAGACAACAACAAUCAGGACGCAGAAGAAGAGGAGGUACAAGAAGAAGAACAAGAGGUGGAAGAGGAGGAAGCCGAAAAUGAAGAUUUAGAAGAAGAGGUCGAGGAGGAAGAGGCAGAGAACGAAGAGCUGGAAGACGAGCUAGAAGAGGAGGAAGACUACGCUGAAGAGCUGGAAGAGGAGGUCGACACCGAUUACAACUACUACUGGGAUGAUGACCUGGUUUCUGACUCGUAUUGGGAUGAACAGGACUGGGGUAACAUCUGGGGCGAAUAUGCUUGCUAUGAUCUGUUUGACUAUGACAUGUCAGGAAGCGAGUACGACGCGGACGAAGCUCCUGGCAAGGAUGAUUGGCCAUUUAUUACCAUCUACGGAAACUGCCGCACUUGCGAUGCCUACAUUGUAGACUAUUUCAGCACGGAGCACUUCCAGGGCAUUCAAGACUACAAAGUCCAAGGAAGAAACUAUUUGUUUCUUUCGUUUGUUGGUUUGAUCAUCACAGGCAUUUUGCAUUUCAAGCACCGAAUGGACCCGAUUGCAGAAAAGGAGCUGGAGCUGCUUCCAAACGAUGGUGGCGCUAUGGCUUAG